AUGGCUGUCGUUCUCUGGCAGUUGGCUUCACUCGGCAUAACUGUUGGAUAUCAUCGACUGUAUUCUCACCGUGCGUUUCAAGCAAGCGCUGGUGUAAAAUUACUGGCCGCGCUUCUUGGUGCCAGUGCCUUCCAGGGAUCCAUCAAGUGGUGGUGUUUGAGACAUCGAUUGCAUCAUCGUUUUACGGAUGAUCCUGUACAUGACCCCUACGCCGCGACACGCGGUUUGCUCUGGUCUCAUAUGGGGUGGAUCUUCUUCCAAUCUCACUAUACGCGACUAGACAGGAUAGAGAAGUCAGACCUUGAGAGAGAUCCGAUUGUGAACUUUCAGCAUCGGUAUUAUGUACCACUUGCGGUGUCCCUCGGUCUGAUAUUGCCUCCAGUCCUUGGGACACUCUGGGGUGAUCCAUACGGCGCGUUUGUCUGGGGAGGCUUGGUGGCGAGAUUGUUCAUCUGGCAUUGCACCUUCCUCAUCAACUCUCUCGCUCAUUGGGAGGGUCUUCAACCCUACUCUGAUGACAACACUUCCAAGACUAACCUGAUCCUUGCUCUACUCACCUGUGGCGAAGGCAAUCAUAACUUUCAUGCCUUCCCGCACGACUAUCGCUCCGGACCUGCUCCGUUUGACUGGGAUCCGUCGAAGUGGGUUAUCCUGCUCAUCCAUCGACUCGGAUUCAUCUAUGGCCUCCGAAUCGCCCGCGAGGAAGACAUUCAGGCUGCCAAGGCUCACAUGAUACGCCAGGAAACGCAUACCACCGUGCGCCAGUUAUCUCUGCCAACACAGGAUGCAGCUGGAGGCAAUGAAGACGAAGACAAGUGGUCCGGCGAAGCGUGGACGUGGGACGAUGUGAACCAGUACGUCUUGGCGAGGAGGGGAACAGGUGCAUGCAUGGUCGUUAUUGACGGCUACGUCGUGGAUGUGACGGGAUACCUUGGAGAGCAUCCGGGCGGGGCUGCAUUCCUGCGCCGCUACUCUGUAAGCGCAAUCAAAAAGGGGGGGUGCGACAAAGAGACAGCUGCACAGAGCAUUCAGGACUUGACGGGCACGGACACGGAAAGCGCUAAUUGGGCCUUCCAUGGAGGUAUGAACAAGCAUUCACACGCUGCGAAGAGGCGCAUGCGCGAGCUCAGAGUGGCUAGAAUCUCGGAUUCCAUAUGA